CACGUCGCGCGUGUUGCUUCAGCGGUGUCGCUGUGGAGGCAUUCUGCUGUCGGCGAACGCGAUAGUGAUUUGAGGAACGAAACGCAAGCUGUUCUCUCAUCUCGUCAGCUUUGAGGAGGCGGCGGCCAGGGACCAGGGGUGUCCCCGAUUGUUUCUGUGUGUGUGUCUCUGUGUGUGUGUGUGUGCCUAUGUGUGUGUGUGGAACCAGAGAGAGGAGAGAGAGUGAGAGAAAGAGAGAGAGAAACCAGGCUAAAACAGAACGACACGGCGCGAGAGAGAGGCGUUUUGGACUCGGUUUGGAAACAGACGCUACUGGCUGUUAGGCUGCCAGCACAUGAAAGACAUAAUUUAAACAAACUUACUUCGAUCACACCUCCGUCCGUCAACUUUCUCUUUUUUCGUAACACCUUUCACCGUGUCGGUGCCGCGGGCGUCCCCAUCUCUGCUGGGCAACUUUCCCUCUAGUUUGCCCGGGAACAACGCUCGCGACUCUGACGCCGACGUCUCCCGAACUUCUUGGGCCGAACGUCGUUGGGAAAUGGGUUCAUCUCGCGCCAGACACCCCGAAUAACGACGGACAUCUGAGGGCUCUGACCUGUCCUGGUCUCCGAUUUUCGCAGAGUGGACCCACCUUUCCAAGAGCUUUUUCUGGGCCUUUCGCCGAGUUGUUUAGAGGUCUUUAUUUGCUUCCGGCAACACCGAAGAAUCGAAGCCGUCCGCUCCAACCCGCUCCCUCUCUCACUUUUUGGAAGGCGAACUUUUAAAGGAAAAUGGGGCAUUGAGACUGUUGGCAAAUUUCCCCACUAUAAUGGCUACCGACACGUACCUGGUGAAUGAAGAUCCUUCCAGAGGCCCAGGGAUGCCUGAGUGUUUCCUAGUCUCAGAUACCUACAGGGAUGAGUUCCAUCCCUUCAUCGAGGCCCUGCUGCCCCACGUCCGUGCCUUCGCCUACACCUGGUUCAACCUGCAGGCCCGCAAGCGCAAGUACUUCAAGAAGCACGAGAAGCGCAUGUCCAAGGAGGAAGAGCGUGCGGUCAAGGACGAGCUGCUGGGCGAGAAGCCCGAGAUCAAGCAGAAGUGGGCGUCGCGCCUGCUGGCCAAGCUGCGCAAGGACAUCCGGCCCGAGUUCCGCGAGGACUUUGUGCUCACCAUCACGGGCAAGAAGGCCCCGUGCUGCGUGCUGUCCAACCCCGACCAGAAGGGCAAGAUCCGGCGUAUCGACUGCCUGCGGCAGGCAGACAAGGUGUGGCGGCUGGACCUGGUGAUGGUGAUCCUGUUCAAGGGCAGCCCCCUGGAGAGCACGGACGGAGAGCGGCUGGUCAAGUCGCCCCAGUGCUCCAACCACGGCCUGUGUGUCCAGCCCCACCACAUCGGGGUGUCGGUGAAGGAGCUGGACCUCUACCUGGCCUACUUCGUCCACACGCCAGGUACGUGGCCCUACCACCUCCUAUUGAGGGAUAGCAGCUGUGUCAUGUGCGGGGGGGGAUGUGCGCACGAGAGUAGCAUGUGUGACGUGUGUGUGACGUGUGUGUGUUCCUGAUAUUUUCAUGCACACACGCACAAACAUACACAUACACAUACAGGCGCACGCAGACACACGCAUACACACACACACAAACAUAUGUCAACGUAGGACAUAGAAACCUUGGUACACACACGCACACACACACACACACACACACAUAUAUGUCGACAUAAGACAUAUAAACCUAGAUACAAACAUAUGCACACGCACACAUAUAUGUCGACAUAAGACAUAUAAACCUGGGUACAAACAUGCACACGCAUGCAUACACAAAUAGCCACAUAUUUAUUCAUAUCAGAUGGUAGCACUUUAUUUAAACCACUUGUUUAUUAAACCCGUCAAAGACAUUUGGAACAACAAAAAAGAACAAGCCAUAAAUAUUUUGUUUUA